AAGGAAGGAAGGAAGGACGGAAAAGGGGAUCCCUAUUCUCUCUCAUCCAAAGUAAAUAAUGAUAGAUACGGAGGCGGAGCACUUGGGCGUCCAUUCUCAUCGUCAUCGUCCUCCUCCUCAAAGCUGAUCCCAAUCUAUACAAAUUCAUUCUUCCUUCUGUUCCACCCUGGAAACGUCGGAUGAGAAGAGACUCUGAACUAGCAAGUGGGAAAAGACGAGUGGAGACGAUAGUUUGAUUGUUUGAUGGGCAAUACAUGCCGUGGCUCUUUUGGGAUAAAAGAUUUUCAGGGCUACAGUCAGCCCGACGAGCAGCAGUCCAUUUCCAAGCGCAACACUUCUAGCUCUAGCCGUCCUGACAACUAUCCCUCCAGCUUGAACUCCCAACAACCCAUCUCUCAAGAAUUCUCCAAGGACAACCCCAAGAAAAAUAAUACCGACAACAAUAAUAUGAAUAAUAAUAGUCCUCUUGCUAGCUCCACAAAAGACAGCAUCAUAAGGCGUGGACCUGAUAACCAGGCUUAUUAUGUAUUGGGUCAUAAGACCGCCAACAUUCGUGAUCUUUACACAUUGGGCCGUAAAUUAGGGCAGGGACAGUUUGGUACUACUUAUUCCUGCACUGAGAUUUCCACAGGCAUUGAAUAUGCAUGUAAAUCAAUCUCCAAGAGGAAGCUGAUUUCAAAAGAAGACGUGGAGGAUGUCAGGAGGGAGAUUCAGAUAAUGCACCAUUUGGCAGGUUACAAGAAUAUUGUGACCAUUAAGGGCGCAUAUGAGGACCCCUUGUAUGUUCACAUUGUAAUGGAGCUUUGUGCUGGAGGUGAAUUGUUUGACCGUAUCAUUCAGAGGGGACAUUACAGCGAGAGGAGGGCUGCUGAAUUGACAAAGAUUAUCGUAGGGGUUGUUCAGACAUGCCAUUCCUUGGGGGUUAUGCACAGAGAUCUAAAGCCUGAGAAUUUCUUGUUGGUUAACAAGGAUGAUGAUUUCUCUCUCAAAGCCAUUGAUUUUGGACUUUCAGUUUUCUUUAAGCCAGGUCAGAUUUUCACUGAUGUGGUUGGAAGCCCAUAUUACGUUGCUCCUGAAGUGCUUUUGAAGCAUUAUGGUCCAGAAGCAGACGUCUGGACAGCAGGUGUCAUACUAUAUAUACUGCUAAGUGGUGUGCCACCCUUUUGGGCAGAAACUCAACAAGGGAUAUUUGAUGCGGUUUUGAAGGGGUACAUUGACUUUGACUCAGACCCAUGGCCCCUAAUAUCAGAUAGCGCUAAGGAUUUAAUAAGGAAGAUGUUAUGCUCUCGACCUUCAGAACGGUUAACAGCUCAUCAAGUAUUAUGUCAUCCCUGGAUUUGUGAAAACGGAGUUGCUCCUGAUAGAGCUCUGGAUCCAGCUGUUCUUUGUCGUCUCAAACAGUUUUCUGCAAUGAAUAAAUUGAAGAAGAUGGCUUUGAGGGUAAUAGCUGAAAGCCUGUCAGAAGAAGAGAUUGCUGGUUUAAGGGAGAUGUUCAAGUCAAUGGAUACUGAUAAUAGUGGUGCUAUCACAUUUGACGAACUCAAGGCUGGUUUGAGAAGAUAUGGUUCUACCAUGAAGGACACAGAGAUACGUGACCUUAUGGAUGCGGCGGAUGUGGACAACAGUGGGACAAUUGAUUAUGGGGAAUUCAUAGCUGCAACAAUACACCUGAACAAAUUGGAACGAGAGGAACAUCUCGUGGCAGCAUUUCAAUACUUUGACAAAGAUGGAAGCGGUUAUAUUACAGUUGAUGAGCUUCAGCAGGCCUGUGUGGACCAUAAUAUGACUGAUGUUUUUCUUGAAGAUAUCAUUCGAGAAGUUGAUCAAGAUAAUGAUGGAAGGAUUGAUUAUCAGGAAUUUGUUGCUAUGAUGCAAAAAGGCAAUGCUGGAAUUGGAAGAAGAACAAUGCGGAACAGUCUGAAUUUUAGCAUGAGAGAUGCACCAGGAGCUCAUUAGCUUUUAAAUAGAUGCACAAUGUACAGGUUUUACUGCAGCAAAUCAAGGAGAUGAUGAGGGUUCUCUUCUGUGGUAAAGAAAAGGUACAGAGAAAGCAUGGUACCUGAUGUUGGUUGUAGAUUUGAACUGAACUUUGGGGGGGGGUUAGGGUGGAAAAGCAUGGGUCUAUUAUCUUCUUUUUUUUUUUGUUUUUUUUUUUUGCUUUUAGGAGGUUGCUGCUGUAUAACUGGAGAAUUAUUGUGAGCAUUGGCAUUGUACACUGGAAAUACAGCUGUUUGUGCUUAUUUUGCGGGUUUUUUUUUUUUUUUUUAAACUUUUGGGCUUUGUGCUUUGCUUUGUUUUGAGAGGGAGGGGGGGGUCUAGUCACUACUGGUCAUGUUGUUUUCUUUCUCUCUUGUCUCUCUCUCUCUCUCUCUCUCUCUCUCUCUCUCCCUUUGUGUUGUUGUGGCUUUAAGGCUGAGACACUCCCCAUUUUAAUUUUAUUUCUUUCUUCCUCCCUAUUUUAUUUUA